GUGUUUGCUACUAGUUUCAUGAAAUAAAGGUUUCGAAGUAUACAACAUAUAUAAUUUCUUUUAUAAAGAAACUAGGUGUUUUUGGAUAUUGUAAAAAAUUAUUAAUUUGGAAAUAUUGUAGUAGCAAAUUUUAAAAGAUAUUGGAUUUUUUUUGGGGUACAAAAUCUAUUUAACAUUUAUUAAGAUUUUUGAAUUGCAUAACUUUAAAUCACUAAAAUAUUUUGUUUUUAUUUUCAUAACUUGAGCAGGAAUUAGUGCAAGCAUUGGAGGGCUAGUUCUACUCAUUAUCAUGUGGCGGCUUUACAAAAUGAAAAAGAAAAGAAAUGAAAUCAAGUUGAAAAAACGAUUCUUCAAAAGGAAUGGUGGUUUAUUGCUACAACAACAAUUAUCUUCAAGUGAACAUAAUAUUCAACAUACAAAAUUAUUCACUUCCCAAGAGUUGGAAAAGGCAACUGAUCAAUUUAACAAAAGUAGAAUACUUGGAAGAGGUGGGCAAGGUAUGGUCUAUAAAGGAAUGUUAACUGAUGGAAGAAUCACUGCAAUUAAAAAGUGCAACAUUGUGGAUGAGGGUAAUCUUGAACAAUUCAUUAAUGAAAUUAUCAUUCUUUCCCACAUCAACCAUAGAAAUGUGGUUAAGUUAGUUGGGUGUUGUUUAGAGACAGAAAUUCCUUUGCUAGUCUAUGAGUUCAUCCCAAAUGGAACACUUUCUCAAUAUCUCCAUGAAGAAAGUGAAGAGUUUCCACUGACUUGGGAUAUGCGCUUGAGGAUCGCCAAAGAAGUUGCAGGAGCUUUAUCUUAUCUACACUCAGCAGCUUCACUACCUAUUUACCAUCGAGAUAUAAAAUCUACAAACAUACUCCUUGAUGAUAAGUACAGAGCAAAAGUAGCAGAUUUUGGGACUUCAAGGUCAGUGACCAUUGAGCAAACUCAUCUAACAACGGUUGUAUAUGGCACUUUUGGGUAUUUAGACCCAGGAUAUUUCCAAACAAGCCAAUUUACUGAAAAGAGUGAUGUUUAUAGUUUUGGUGUAGUCCUUGCUGAACUCUUAACUGGAGAAAAACCAAUCUCUUUAGUGAGAAUACAACAAAAUAGGAGUCUUGCAACAUAUUUCACUCUUUCAAUGGAAGAGGGCUUUCUAUUUGAUAUUCUCGAUGCUAGAGUGAAGAAGGAAGGUGAUAUACAAGAGAUCAUGGUCGUUGCUGAGCUUGCAAAAAGAUGCCUAGAAUUGAAUGGGAAGAGACGUCCUACAAUGAGGGAGGUUACAAAAGAGUUGGAGGGAGUUCGAAAAACUUUUAAUGGUCAAGAAAAUUAUGAAAAAGUUUGAUAUUGUUAGAAUGGAAGAAACAAAUCCUUGUGAUGAUGUUUCUACACCAACACAAUCAAUUUUAGAAGCUAGUGCAACUGCAACAUUCGACGCCCUACCACUAUUAUAUUGACAUCAGCGUGAUUGAUAAAAUUGUUUUAAGUAAUAAUUUGCUUUCAAUUUCAUAUUGUGAACUUGUUUAAGACCAUUUUAAUGUACUAUUAUCUUGUCUAUUUUUUGGUAUUUUAUUUUA